AUGCACUGCGUUACCAUUCUACUAGCCAGUGUGAUUGCAGUAAAGAGCCAAGACUUCGCAUCGUUACUUGGCGGGUUUCUUGGAGGAGGAGGAGCUGGAGGCGGUGGUGGUGGAAGUCCCUUAGGAGGGAUCUUGGCUAGUCUAGGAGGAGGAGGUGCUGGCGGAAAAGGAGGCCCUGAUAUUGCGAGUCUUCUGAAUCUAGGUGGCGGGUUACUAGGAAAAGGAGGAGGCGGCUCACCAUUUGCCCUUCCGGGAGCUCCAAAUCCUGCACCAGCCCCAAGAGGAGGAGGCGGUAUAAAAGGCCCUACUAACGUCGCCGUACCUGACUACUCGGAAUACGAGGAGGAGACAGUUCAAGCCGCUACCGCUACCACCGCUGCCACCACCAGCACCGCAGAGCCUGAUGCGCUUCCUCCACCGAAUAGCAUGACAUGGAUGCAAGGCGAGGGUCCUGAAGCGACUGCCAGUGAAAUUGAUAGCGACUACGACAUGGUCGGUAUGACGGGUCCGGGUUCGUCCGCACCCUCGGCAGGUGCACCUCCACCACCACCUGCAGCAUUCACCCCAAUCGGACGCAGUGCACAACGAGCACCUAAUCCGGUAUACCAUAAUCCACGUGCACGAACGUUUGUCGUACAUGAGGCAACGCUCCCACCAUUGAGGGUCUACCCACCUCACCUGAUCCAGCCACCUCGACCACCACAGCCACCUCAGCCAUUCAUUCAGCAACCUCCACCACAGUCAUCUCAGUUCAUCCAACAGCCUCAACCUCCGCCAUUCGUUCCCCAGCCACCACCACCACCGCCUACUCCUCCGCCAUUCAUUCCGCAGCCGGCACCGCCACCGCCUACACCUCCGCCAUUCGUUCCGCAGCCGCCACCGCCACCUCCGCCCACGCCUCCGCCGCGGUUCCCACAACCGGCAGCGAAGCCUUUCUGGAAUUGGGCACCACCUCUUUCGAUAAUUGCGAGUACGGUAGCACCGAUAAAACCUGUCAAUACACUGCCACCGUUCACGCUUCCACCUCUACAACCACCCACGACGCCAAGUCCAAAGCUUUUGGCGCAUAAUACAGCGAGGAUGAUUCGUGAAAUCGCUACAUUCUCUGACCAUCACCACGGAGCCAAUGAAGACUACAGUGCCGUCCAAACACUUAUGGAAGCAUUCUUCGAAGCUAUUGCCGGCGCAAAACCUCCUGCUGCUGCACAGGACCCUGGUCGCCUAUUACAACCACUAAAUGAUGGUACGGAAGUCGGUGCCAAUCGUCCACUUGUCAACAAACUCUUCGAGAGUGAUAUGGUACUUACGGUAGAGCAGAUGAAAGGGGUCGUUCUCGCCUCAAAAGCACAACGACAGGGUGGUCUAAGGCGUGGAAAGCGAAAGGGCAGCCCAUCUUCAUACGUGAUUGUGGACUUAACGCUGAACUCACGCCCAGUACCAUACUCGAUGCCAUCCUCUCGCAGGAGUACGGUACUGGACGAGAGCUUAGAGGUUAUCACUGGCGCAGUGUAUCGCUGGCCUAGAAAACCGAUUCCGUAUAGGUUCAAAGAAGGUGAUGAAAAAUGGCGCAAUCUGAUCCGAUCAGCGCUAAAAACGUGGGAAAAGGAAACAUGUGUAAGAUGGGAAGAAAACGGUCACGGUAAAGAUCAUGUAAUCUUUUUCCGUGGUAGCGGGUGUUACUCAAGUGUAGGUCGAACAGGAGGAUCACAGAUGAUAUCGAUUGGUUACGGUUGCGAAGAUAAAGGCAUUGUUUGUCACGAAGUUGGACAUUCAUUGGGAUUCUGGCACGAACAAUCACGACCGGAUAGGGAUCAGUAUAUCUCUUUGAACAAGCAGUAUAUUAUUCGAGGAACUGACGGAAAUUUCGAACGCAGAACGACUCAAGAGAUUGAGGAUAUGGGUUUGCCAUAUGAUCUUGGCUCAGUCAUGCAUUACGGUCCAAACAUGCUCAUUUGCACCAGAUUCGUUGGUCUUGAUAUAAUAUUCAUUGAAGAAAUUUAA